GACUCUGCCAAGUCCCGUCGCUACGCCCAUCAAUCUGGAGCAAUCCGACGGAAGCGUGCCGAGCUGAAGCCCAUUUCGCCCGAGCUGCUCUCGGCAGCCGCUGCGGCGAAGAUCGAACUCCAGAGCGUGAUUCCUGGACCUGACCCUGCAGCCAACGAGUCGUAUCUCUGGUACCACACCUCCGUUCGGUCCGCGUUGGCCCUGGCGCAGGGCUAUGGCUGGGAGGAGCUGGCUAGUGGCCAAAGCGGGUCCAUUCGCCUCACCGAAAGCUGUGCCCAGGUGGAGGAUGUCGGCCCAGAUCGCUGUGGAUACUACGCCGGGAUAAGUGCUCUGCUCCUUUGUCGUGUCUGCGUUGGAAAGUUCUGCUACAUGGCCGAUGCCGGUGCCGAAGCUAAGAAAGAGGUGGACUCGGGUGAGUUCGACAGCAUUCUCGAGGACAAUGCAACACGCCGCAUAAUCGUCUUCGACGAUGGGCAGGUUCUUCCCGAGUACAUUCUGCUCUGCUCGUCGAUCGGACAUGGGGAGGACACCUUUCUUUCCUCGCUGCGACUUGAGAUGCCGAUCUACUGGAGCAAUCUCUCACGGGAUCCCACUAGC